GUUACACAACACUAAUUAUCGGAAGUCCAACUACCAAGAGUGACAUCGAUAUCGAUAUCUAAAAACCGGCAUAAACAAGGAAAGCAACUUAAAAGGCAAAAAUGGCAAAUUUUGUGAAUAUGGACAUUUUCUCGAACUAUCAGAAGUAUAUAGACAAUGAGCAGGAGUUGCGAGAGAACAUUCGCAUCGUGGUGCGCGAGAUUGAGCAGCUGGCAAAGGAAGCGCAAAUUAAGCUGCAGAUAAUUCACAGCGAUUUAAGCCAGAUUAGUGGAGCUUGUGGCUUGGCCCGCAAGCAGAUCGAAGCCUGCUCCGAGAAGUACCAGAAAUUGGCCGGCUUGGUGCCACCAGGGCAGUACUACAGAUACUCUGAUCACUGGACUUACAUUACUCAGCGACUGAUCUUUCUCAUUGCCUUGGUCAUAUACCUGGAGGCGGGCUUCCUGGUAACGCGCGAAACUGUGGCUGAAAUGUUGGGCUUGAAAACCAAUCAGGCCGACGGUUUCCACUUGGAUGUUGAAGACUAUCUACUGGGAAUCCUGCAGUUGGCUUCGGAGCUCUCGCGCUUUGCCACCAACUCCGUGACCAUGGGCGACUACGAGCGUCCUCUAAACAUCUCGCACUUCAUUGGGGACCUGAACACAGGCUUCCGCCUAUUGAACCUCAAAAACGAUGGCCUGCGCAAGCGCUUCGAUGCUCUGAAGUAUGAUGUGAAGAAGAUCGAGGAGGUUGUCUACGAUGUCAGCAUACGCGGUCUGUCUAACAAGGAGAAGGAGCAGCAGCCAGAGGAGUAGGCUACUCCCAAGCUAGAAUAGAGCUACGAAUCAGUUUACUUAAGACCUUAGUUACGAUGUAAGAAGCAAAUAUUCCAUUUGAAGUAGCCUUUUAUAUAUUUCGUAAAUAUAUUUCUCAGUCGAUCAAGCGAAACAAAUGUA